UUCAUUAAACUCGUGGUCCUUCGCCUAGGCUACCAGUAUUACUUCGUCAGUCAGUGGCUCGGUGCUUUUUUCUACAAUUAGGUUAAGAAAAUGGUUAAAUAGCCUGAUAAGCCCUUGAUGGAACAGAAAGGUCUGGAUAGCAUCUCUAUUCAAAUAUCCGUUUUUGUAUUUUGUGUUCGGCAAAACUUCAUUGAGUGAAGGUUCGUUCCAUUCUUUUUUCAGUUCUACCUAAACUUCAUUGACUGAAGUUCUUUUUCCCUUUCACUCCUUCAUUAUCUAUUCUCUUUGACUCAACAUGUCUGUUUCUAAAGUAGCAAGUGUGCUGCUGGCCUCGGUGUCGCUGGUCGCGGGCCACGGCUAUGUCUCGAGCAUUGAGGUAGAUGGUACCACUUAUGGUGGCUACCUGGUCGACACGUACUACUAUGAGUCCGACCCUCCUGAGCUGAUCGCGUGGUCCACCAAUGCUACCGAUGACGGCUAUGUCGCUCCAACUGCGUACGAUAGCUCCGACAUUAUCUGCCACCGUGGCUCUGCUCCUGGUGCGCUGUCCGCUCCGGUGGCUCCCGGUGGAACUGUGAAAAUGACCUGGAACACCUGGCCCGACGAUCACCAUGGCCCGAUCAUCACCUACCUAGCCAAGUGUAGUGGCUCCUGCUCCGACGUCGAUAAGACAUCUCUGGAGUUCUUUAAAAUUGAUGCUGGAGGCCUGAUCGAUGACACGAACAUCCCCGGUACCUGGGCUUCGGAUCAGCUGAUUGACGACAGCUAUAGUCGCAGCAUCACCAUUCCCACUGAUAUCGAGGCGGGCUACUAUGUGCUUCGUCAUGAGAUUAUUGCUCUCCAUGGUGCCGAGGAUCUCGACGGUGCUCAGAACUAUCCCCAGUGUAUCAACUUGCAAGUCACCGGCAGUGGUACCGCAUCGCCUAGUGGUACCCUGGGUACUGCUCUCUAUAAGGACACUGACCCUGGUAUCUAUGUCGAUAUCUGGCAAAGUAUCAGCUCCUAUACCAUGCCUGGCCCAUCUCUCUAUACCGCUGGAAGCACCGCCACUGCCUCUGUGGCUGCCGCUGCUACCACUACCGCUUCAACCACCCCCACAGCCAUCACCAGCCCUCCCACUGAAGUCGCGGUCGAGACGAAUGCCGCUGUAGAACCAUCUAUUGCAUCUCAGACGACUCAAGUCGCUUCUUCGACGACGGCCGUCGUUGAUGAGGUCGCUAGUACGGCCACAUCGGCCUCUGUCUCUUCUACUGCCUCGGGUGUGCUCAGUGGUUCUUGCAGUGACGAAGGUGUCUGGUACUGUAACGGCGGCACAGCCUUCCAACGCUGCGUGAACGGACAGUGGGAUGCAUCACAAAACAUGGCUGAUGGCACCGCCUGCACGGCUGGUAUGUCGGACACGUUGACUAUCUCUGCUGCCAAGGUACGCCGCGAUGCCCGUUUCCUUCGCCAUCGUCGGGCCCACGGUCAUCACAAAUAG